GGCUCAACUAAUGUUUAGUGAUGUCUGUCUAGCAUCGUUCUCUCACCACUCUCUUUACAAACGUAUGAGAAUCUAAACUAUUAAGUGAUUUAACUUGUUCUCGCUGUUUUAUUUAAAUACGAAAUACAAAAAAAUAAACAACGCUCCUCGUUGUUGCAAAAAAUAAAGCCACACGGUGCCGCUGUGUACUUCUACGAGUAGUUUUACUUCGUCGUUUUAUUGGCUCUUCGUUAGUCAUUGUCUACUUCCUGUUUCCGGUAAUGGAGUUUCUGCCGCAGCAGUACAUUUCAACGCAGCUGCGCUAAGAGAACGACGUACAGCUUUGGACCCGAAGAGUAAACGAAAUAAAGUUAGAAAGUGAAGGAUGCCUGUGGCUGUUGGUCCAUACGGCCAGACACAGCCCAGAUGUUUUGACCGGGUCAAGAUGGGCUUCAUGAUGGGCUUUGCUGUUGGAAUGGCUGCUGGAGCCAUGUUUGGAACAUUCUCCUGUCUCCGGAUCGGAAUGCGAGGCAGGGAACUAAUGGGAGGAGUGGGAAAGACCAUGAUGCAGAGCGGUGGAACGUUUGGAACUUUCAUGGCAAUUGGAAUGGGCAUUCGCUGCUGAGAAGUUGUCAGCUUCUCCACGACUAUUGGACUUUUUUUUUUAUACCAAAAAAACAACAACAACAACAGCAGUUCCAGGCUCGGUCUAUGUUAUGCUAACAAAUUUCCACUUUGUCUGUCAAUAAAAUUCUGAUUUCUCAAUGGA